AAGAGGGUGAUUGAGAUCACAAUUGGUGAUGGUUGAGAGUCAAAAAGGAUCAAGAUGAAGACAAACUUGCUGGAUGAAAACACCAAAAUCGCAUCAUCAGGGCUCAAGUUGGUGAUGAUUCGGACAAAAUAUUUUCUAAAAAGACGAAACUUGCGGCAAGAAAACACCAAAAGACUUGGGUCAAGAUAUCUCCGCCAGGGUUACAGCGUCCAAAUGAUCCAUAAUCCAGAUCAAAAGAGCCAUGAUCAAGCAAAAUAACCCUGAUGAGGAAGCCAAAAUGGAAUCGAAAAGCCAAUCCACCAGGGUUACGGCGCCUGUUCAUGGCACUUUUGAUCUCAAAUCUGCCGGCACCCCAGGGUUACAACACCGAAAUCUCAAUCAAAACUCUGCAAAACCCUGAAGUUGGUGAUAAUUCAUCACCAGUUAACCCAGAAUUGACAGCAGAAUGCUCCGAUUUGACCCUGACGAGACUGCAAUUUCUCAGGAUCUGGCUCCGAAAUCGCUCGAUUUUGAGGGUUGCAACCCAGUAAAAGCAUCGAGCGCUGCGAUAUAAGAA